AUGGCAGCAACAACGACGACGUCGUCUACGACGUCAUCGAAACCAUCAACAACUGUACGAUGUCGUUGCUGCCCCUAUGGAUUUCAUAUCGACCUGGGUUUUGUACAAUUUGCCGAAGAGGUAGCUAAAGGAAAUUCUGUAAAACGAACGCCAACAUUAUCUCGACGUGGACAUAAUGGUGAACGAAAUUUAAUGAGCCCGUUAGACAGCUUAUUCAGUGAUUCAAUGGAGAAUUUAGUUAGUGAUUUGGAAGAAGUUCUCAAUGAAAGGCCUGAUAAGCCAAAAGCACAAUUGGAGAUCAUUAAAGAUCGGCUUCAGAAUGGUUAUGUAUCAGACUAUACCGUCUAUAGAUCAAAGCCUUCUCUCACACCUUCUUUCUCUAAUAAUUCCAACAAAACGUUUGCUUUGGAUUUUUCUUCUGCACCGCCAAAACCUCCGCACAGGGGAGCGACUCCUAUAAGUUCUUUAACAAAUGGUCGUUCAACACCAUCUGGAUAUGCUACUGCUCUUGGACGAACAAUUUCUGAGAUAAAAGCUAGAAAUACAGAAUCUCCCAUACCUGAUAGAACGAUGGGCUCUCGUGUCGGGACACCCAUAGAUCUUGGUAUUCCAACUAUUCAAAAUGGUCGUCAAACACCGCCAGUGAGACGGAACGAUUCCGAAUAUAAGAUGUCCUACGAAGUUCACGUUGAUCGCCCAUCAACUCUAUGCAAUACAGCCUCAAGUCCUGCAUGGCGAAGACCACUUCACUCAGAAAUAUUAACAAACGAUUCUGAAAAAUCUACUGUCAUGGAUUUUGCCAGUUUGCGACGAGGCCGUGAACAACAUAUUCCUGACAGCGAACCUACAACUCAGAAUCGAAUUCGUUAUUAUUCAGCUUCACCCAAAUUGUCAAGGAAGUUGUUGCCUGUCCCUAAUAACAACCCAUCUCAAUUCACUUAUGCCCAACAGAAUGGACACACAAUUCUUGCGAAAUCUCAAGGAACAUGUACUUCGCCAAUAUCAGACGAAGAACAGAAGAUUGUCGAGAGACCUGCCAUCAAGAAGCUACCUGAUUACCGUUCAAUUGCUACAUCUACUGGACCUUUACCCCCAGCUAAGCCAUGUUCUGAGUGUCCUGUUAUUAAAGCUGAAUUGAAAGAUGCUCUACUGAGAGUUCCUCCUCCAAAACCACUCACCCUACACGUUUGUACAGAAACGGAUGUGAUAGAGCCAGAGCCUAAACCAGCUACUGUUGACAAAUGCACAAGUAUGGUGAUUUCUGUUCUCUCGAUCGGAACAGACCCGGAUAAGGUUGAGACUCGUUCGACAGCUUGCAGUCCAAUAAUAUUCGAAACUACAUCGAUCAAUACUCAAACUGAUUGUAAAGUAUCGGUUGAUGUUGGGAUUCAUGUUAUUCCUUCAUCCAUCGAAUUUGGGAUGCAAACAGAAUUUUUAGAUAAUUUAAGCCAUUCAGCAACAAAUACAGAUGCAUUCGAAUCUAGUCCUGAAUCGAAGGAAGGAAUCGAAAAGGAGACCAUGACUACGAGAGUGUAUUAUCGUAACUUCCAUAGUCAAACAGAUGACUCGUUGCCUGAAGCUGUACUCUUAACAAAGGAGUUGACCAGUAGCCAGAGCUCUCCUUCCUCAUCAAGCGAAACUGCCAGUCAGACUGAUUGUGAUCAAGAUUCUUCAGAAGCGCGAGCUUUAGAAGAAGCUGAAAUGAAUGAAUCAAUUUGGUUGAUGUCAUCAAAGGAAACGAAUGAGAUUGCUGUUGGUCCAGACGAAAUUUACGAAGACGAAGUGAAGAUGCCACUGGAUUGCAUUGAAUGUCUGAAAAGGGAUCAAGUCUUUUCCCGCAAUGUUGGCGUUGGUAACUGCUCUGUGAUUGACAAGGUCUGUGUUACGUGUGACAACUCAAGUGAUGAAGUCAAUGAAAAUGAUAUUUCUGAUAAUGAUAACGAGAACGAUAAACCUAAACAGAUUGGUUCAGAACAAGUUGCUUCGUUAAAGAAGUUGUUGACUUCUGAUCAAAAGCAGAACUUUGUUCGCGGCACCGUUGCAAGCCGAAGUGCUCGUAUGGAAAGGAAGAAGACGGAUGAGCUGGAAUACGUUGAACAACAAAAUAAAGAUGUCAGUGGAAGUGCUUCAUCUACCCCAACAGAAAAAACAUCAGAAGCUUUGAAAAAUAAAGUUAUUCUAAAGAAAGAUAUACCGCCACCACCUUCAGUUGUUCCUGAACCAGUUCCGGCAAGAAUUCCAAGGCCUAAGAUCAGCAAGUAUGCUGUUCCUGAUGAGAGUGCCGAAACUCCAGAUGAGGCAGACGAAGCCACCGAUCGUUUGACCCCAUUGCGAAGUGAAUUGCGAUCAUUAGGAAGAUGGCCACGCAGUCCACAAAUAAUUUAUGGAACGCCUCCUCGAAUUGAAGACAAUGAAACAGAUGAUGAAGAAGAUGAGGCGGCAGCCAUUGAGUCUGAUAACUCGGAAGGAAGUUACGAUACAAAUGAAGAUCAACAUGUUGAAGGAACACCUUUCGAGAUAACAGCUCCUCUACGAGAAGCGCUAGAAAGCUUAAAUUCACAUCUUUUGCAACCAGGCAGUGUAACCAGUGAAACAGCGGAUUGGGCAUUGAAGUAUGUGCAACAUGAAUGGUUGAAAACAAGUGCACGGAAAUGCAGUAAAACAAAUCAUGUGGAUGUGUUUAUAGAGCAGCUGAAGGAAUUAUCUCCAUUAUUAUUGAAGACAGUUAUCAACAUAUCCGAUCAAAAUGGGAAUACAGCUCUUCAUUACUCUGUUAGUCAUGGAAACUUUGGAAUUGUAUCAUCACUCUUGGAUACGCACGAGAGCCAGCUUAAUAUGGCUAACAGAGCUGGAUAUUCACCGGUUAUGUUGGCUGCCUUAAGUAAUCUAGAAGAUGAUGUUGAAAAGACUGUUGUUCAGAGAGUAUUUGAAAUGGGAAAUGUGAAUGCUAAAGCAACACAACAUGGUCAAACAGCUUUGAUGUUGGCUGUCAGUCAUGGGAAGAAAGCUACAACGGAGCUUCUAUUAGUUUGUGGAGCUGAUGUCAAUAUCCAGGAUGAGGAAGGAUCAACAGCCUUGAUGUGUGCUGCUGAACAUGGACAUAAAGAGUUGGUAAAGCUUCUUCUAGCUCAACCAUCAACCAAUGCAUCAUUAGCUGAUUGUGAUAGUUCAACAGCUCUAUCAAUAGCAGUCGAAAAUGGUCAUCGAGAUAUUGGUGUACUUAUCUAUGCUCAUAUAAAUUAUAAAAUAGCUGAAGAAUUUCAAGAUCUAUGA